GGCAGCCAGGCUUCUGCCCGGGCAAGCGGAGGGCGGCGGCCGCAGCGACAGCAGCAGCCGGUGAGCGGAGAGCCCGGCGCCCGGCGUGGGGAGCGCCAUUUACCAAAGAGCCGGAGAGUAGGCGCGCUAGCCAAGCGCCGACGCCCGCUUUACUCCGACGCCGCUUCUGGGUCGCGAGCCACGCUUGGAGGAGGUCUGGAAAAGAGACGGACAGCUCCUCUCCCAAGGCAGGCGGGCGGAAGCGACCGCUAGGCAAGGCGCGCCGCUGGGACGUCGAGGGGCGCAUCGGGCAUCGCCAGGACUCGGAUCGCACCUGCUCAGGGCGCCCCCUCUCCCCAGUCGAUGAGCCUCUUGGGGGCCCGGGAACCCCGUUUGGAUUAACUGGUUCCCCUCCCUCUCUUUUUCCCGUCUUUCUUUCUCCCCAUCCCCUUUUUUUGGGUUCUCCGGGAACUGUCCGACGCCUGGCCACCUUCCUCGACUUCUCCUGGGACUAUUACCUCACCUCACCUCGCCACCGACCUCAGGACUGUAGUACGGAGAUCAAGGCAGCAACGAUGCCUGACUCACCGGCCGACGUGAAGACGCAGUCCCGAUCCACGCCCCCCAACAUGCCACCGCCGUCACCAGCCGUCACGCAGGGAGCAAUGCGACACCCCACCUUCACACCAAACCCUAAUCGUGAAGCUGGGCCGCCGAUGUUUCUGCCCCGCGGCCGUUUUCAUGGUUGCUUGAAAUGGUCCAUGGUGUGUCUCUUAAUGAAUGGAAGCAGCCACUCCCCGACGGCGAUUAACGGUGCGCCCUCCACCCCCAAUGGCUUCAGCAAUGGGCCUGCGACUUCCUCCACGGCCUCGCUGUCCAACCACCAACUCCCUCCGGCCUGCGGGGCACGCCAGCUGAGCAAACUGAAGCGCUUCCUGACCACGCUGCAGCAGUUCGGCAACGACAUCUCGCCGGAGAUCGGGGAGCGCGUUCGUGCCCUGGUGCUGGGCCUCGUGAAUUCCACGCUGACCAUUGAGGAAUUCCACUCCAAGCUCCAGGAGGCCACAAACUUCCCUCUGCGUCCUUUCGUCAUCCCAUUCUUGAAGGCCAACUUGCCUUUGCUGCAGCGUGAGCUCCUCCACUGCGCCCGCAUGGCCAAGCAGACGCCUGCACAAUACCUGGCGCAGCACGAGCAGCUCCUCCUGGACGCCAACGCCUCCUCCCCCAUCGACUCCUCAGAGCUGCUCUUGGAGGUCAACGAGGGGGGCAAAAGAAGGACACCAGACAGGACCAAAGACAAUGGCUUGGACCGUGACCCUCUGCACCCAGAACACCUCACCAAAAGGCCAUGCACGAUGAGCCCUGCCCAGCGCUACAGUCCCAGCAAUGGGAUCAGCCACCAGCCCAAUGGGCUGCCCCACCCCACGCCUCCCCCUCCCCAGCACUACCGCCUCGAGGACAUGGCCAUAGCACACCACUACCGGGACGCCUACCGGCACCCUGACCCUCGGGAGCUGAGGGAACGCCACCGGCAAGCUGCUGUGCACAGUUCCCGGCAGGAGGAAGUCAUCGACCACAGGCUAACGGACAGAGAGUGGGCCGAGGAGUGGAAGCACCUCAACAAUCAGCUGCUGAAUUGCAUCAUGGACAUGGUGGAGAAGACCCGCCGCUCGCUCACCGUGCUUCGCCGCUGCCAGGAAGCUGACCGCGAGGAGCUGAACCACUGGAUCCGUCGCUACAGCGACGCCGAGGACAUGAAGAAGGGGCCCAGCCCUGCCACACGACCUCACAAUAGCACUGCCAACACCGAGGCAUCCCCUCUAGAUGCUCACCGCGAGUUUGUAUCCAGGCCCCUGUCUGGCUACAUGCCGGAGGAAAUCUGGAGGAAAGCUGAAGAAGCUGUGAACGAGGUGAAGCGGCAGGCCAUGUCCGAGCUCCAGAAGGCCGUGUCUGAUGCGGAGAGGAAAGCCCACGAGCUGAUCACGACGGAGCGAGCCAAGAUGGAGCGAGCCCUGGCAGAAGCCAAGCGCCAGGCCUCCGAGGAUGCGCUGACUGUCAUUAACCAGCAGGAGGACUCCAGUGAGAGCUGUUGGAACUGCGGGCGCAAGGCAAGCGAGACCUGCAGCGGAUGCAACACGGCGCGCUACUGCGGCUCCUUCUGCCAGCACAAAGAUUGGGAGAAGCAUCACCACGUGUGUGGGCAGACUCUCCAAGGCCUCCCGGCCUCUGCCGGGGCAGCCUCUUCGGGGCUGGGCGUAGCGUCGGCUCAGCCAGACGUGGUGGCUGUGAGUACCUCCAUCACCAGCGUAGCCGUGGCGGGAAGCCCCAGCGAUUCCGGCUCGGCCGCCGCCUCGCGUUCCGGCACGCCGGCCACGCCGGCUCCUCUGGACACGGCAUCCCGCUAAGGCGGGCAGAAGGGGAAAGGGAACCGGGGAGCCGACCAACAACUGUCACUGCUGCUACCACUUCUCUCCAAAUGAAAACAAAAACAAAAAAACUGCAUUCAAUGCAAACCCUCAGCUACCUGACACGUAUUUGACCUCCAAAACGACCUCUAUCUCUCACACGAAAUCCUCACGAAUCCUCAAACCUGGGCUUUAAGUGGAGUUAAGGCAAAUACCAACCUUCUCCGUUCACUCGUCAGUUUUUGGUUUUUUUGCUUUUAAUUCUUCUUCUUACAGAUAUGAUUUGGGGAAAUUUAUUAUUAUGAUUAUUACUUUUUAUUUUUUAUUUUAUUUUUUGGAUGAGGAAUUUGUCUGCAAGCGUCAUGCAUCUUGACUUGGAAGGGGGCGGGCGGGAGAAGGGAACUGAAAAGGUGCUUCUGCCCGUCCUUCUGCUGGAGAUGUGUUCGAGGAAAUGAAGGAACUGGAAAAAAACAAAAACAAAACCCCCCCUUCCCUGAAAAGGAGAAGAGGGAGAAGGUGGGGAAAUGGAAAAAAGAGAAAAGAAAAGAGAAAGGAUUUCAGUUACAAAAAGCAAGAUUUUUUUUUCUUUUUUGUAAAAAAAAUAAAAAUAAAUAAACAAUAAAAAAUCAUCAAACUCUUUGGCUUUAAGUAAAACAGAAAAGAAAAGAUAAAAUCCAAAAAGAACCCAACAAAAACCAAGUGAAGGAAGCUUACCUGUAAACUACCUUGCUAGCUAGCCAAGAAGAUACCAGAUUCACCUCUGCUCCAAAGGAAAUCCAAAAACAGAAAAAAAAAAUCCAAACAUUUUUCCACUGCCAAAGUUUCUUUCUUUUUCUUUUUCGUUUUCGGUUGGUUGGUUUCUUCUUCUUUUCCCUCUUUCUCCUCGUUUUUUGGGGGGCUUCUUAUUUAUUUUUGCGGUUUUUUUGCGAACCGAGGAGUCAUGUGCAUCAUCGCAGGUCCGGAGAGCCAACUGCGCCGUUCUGACCGACAGCAAUUCCUGCUGGGUUUCAUUUCAACUCCUUGCGUUCUUGGAUGG